AUGUCACCAACGACAACGGGGCCGUUGCCCGACAAGAAGCUCGCCGAAGAGGAGCAAAUCGCCAUGAAAAAGCUGGACUCAAUUACCCCAGGCGAAGUCGUCGAGCUUGACGCUACAGAAACAUUCCUCCGUCAGCAUAACUUCACAAAUGAGUACAUCGGCGAAUUAUUGACCGAUACGGAACUCAACAAGAAGCUCAUCCGAAAGGUCGACAUGAUCCUCCUCCCCAUGUUGAUGGGCACAUACAUGCUUCAAUACAUCGAUAAAAAUGCUCUUUCAUAUGCUGCUGUGUUCGACCUUUUCACAGACACAGGAAUCUCGUCGGAUCAGUAUUCCUGGUUUGCUUCAAUCUUUUAUUUCGCUUAUAUGGCUGCGGAGUACCCCUGGCUGUUUCUCGCACAGAAAACGCGUAUGGCCAAGGUAGUCAGUGGCUGUGUAAUUGCGUGGGGAAGCGUUCUAUUAUUGACCGCUGCGGGAAAUAACUUUGGUUCGUUGGCGACGUGCAGAUUCUUUCUUGGCGUGUUUGAGGCUCCGAUCACCACUUGUUUCAUGAUGAUAGUUUCGAUGUGGUAUACGCGUGAGCAGCAGCCGUUCAGAGCAGGUAUCUUCUACUGCUGUAAUGGCGUUGGAGCUAUGCUUGGUGGUAUCCUUACCUAUGGCAUUGGCCAGAUCAAGAACUUUCCCGUUUGGAAGGCUGUUUUCAUGACCUGCGGAGGCAUGACAGUCGUCUGGGGCUUUGUUCUAUUGUUCUUCCUCCCCGACAGUAUCAUGUCAGCUCGCCAUUUUACCCUCGAAGAACGAGCCCUGCUCAUCGGCCGUGGUCGUCUCGCUCGAACUGGUGUUCUGAACAAGACUAUCAAGUGGAACCAAAUCCGCGAGGCUUUUAUCGACCCUCAAGUCUGGCUUCUUGUUUUAUUCAUGCUCCUCAACGAGACAAUUAACGGAGGCAUUGCCAACUUCGGUAAGCUCAUCAUCAAGGGUGUAGUCAAGGAUCCUCUUGAGACAGUCGCUCUUGGUAUCCCCAUGGGCGCAUUCCAAGUCAUGUACAUCCUAUCAGGCACCUUCUUAGCUUCACGCAUCAAGAACUGCCGAACCAUCAUCAUGGCUGUCUACCUUAUCCCCACCAUGAUCGGAGUCUGCCUGCUCUGGAAACUUGAUCGUGAGCAUCACAAGAUCGGUGUACUCUUCGGUUAUUACAUUAUCGGUGCCUUUGUCUGCUCUCUGGUCCUUGCGAUGCAAAUGCCCGCUAGCAACCUCGGUGGCUACACCAAGCGUAUCACUGCUUCAGCAAUGGUCUUCAUUGCCUACUGUGUUGGUAACGUCAUCGGCCCCCACGCUUUCUUGGGCUCCGAGGCCCCCUUGUAUCCAUCCGGAUGCAUUACGAUUCUCAGCUGCUCGGUCGCGCAGAUGGUCGUCGCAAUCAUGCUUCGGGCACUCUUAUCGAGACGAAAUGCACGACGCGAUGCCGCUGCCGCGGCUGUCGGGACCAAUAAUGAGGAUGCCUCUGAGGUUGAUGGCACUGACUUGACUGAUUUCGAGAACCCUCAUUUUCGCUACGUGCUGUAA